CUCUGGUUUUAUUUUGUAAAAAGUAUGGCGUCUCAAGGAGAAAGAGGGGUUCCAAGAAUUUUGGGCAAAUUGGAAAACUCCAUAAAAUCCGGAAAUUACUAUGAAGCUCAUCAGAUGUAUCGCACAUUAUAUUUUAGGUACUUAGGUCAAGAAAAAUAUGAUGAUUUAUACCAAAUGCUCUAUAACGGUUCAAUAUUAUUUCUAGAACAUGAUCAGCAAAUAAGUGGAGCAGACCUAGCAAAAUUGCUAGUGGAUGUAUUAGUCCAAGCAGGGGAGACUGAUGUUGUAAACUGGAGCCCUAAACUAUGUAAUAUUUUCUCCAAAAUCGAUCAGUCAAAUCCUGAAAGAGAAACAUUUAUGUCUAAUGUUAUUAAAUGGUCAGCCAAAGAUAGUCCUCGUGGCAAUCCAUAUUUACAUCAGUGCAUAGCAGAGAUUUAUUGGAAGGAAAAAAAUUAUUCACAAUCUCGCUACCAUUAUAUGCUAUCAAAUGAUGGUAAAAGUUGUGCAAAAAUGUUAAUAGAGCAUCACGUAAAACAUGGAUAUCGAAGUGAAUUAGACCUCUUCAUCACCCAAGCUGUCCUGCAGUUCUUAAGCUUGAAAAAUUUAGAGACAGCUAAUGAAGCCUUUGAAACUUAUGUGACUCUACAUCCAUGGAUAAAAAGAAAUAAAACACCAUUUUGUGAACCUCUGCUUAAUUUCUUAUCAUUUAUGUUAACAGUCAUCGAUAAAAAUAAUUUUGGGUCAUUUCUAACUCUAUGCGAAUUAUAUGAGAUAGCCCUGAAAAAGGAUCCUAGUUAUGCAGAUAUGAUAGAGAGAGUUGGACAGGUAUUCUUUGGGAUAAAACAGCGUGAGGAAAGAAAUCAAGGAGGCUUAUUUGGUAACUUAAUGGAUAUGUUAAGGAUGAGAUCAAGAGAUAGAGACAGCGACAGUGAUGAUGACUCAGCCUUUGGAACAUCCUCCUCUUCCAGAAUCAGUAGUAGAGUCUUGGAUAAUACAGAUUUGGAUUGACAAAUAUUGAUGCAGGUUGAAUCAACUCCUAGAAAUCUUCCGUGGACUGUGGAACUUUGAAGACGCAACAAUCGUUGAUUUUUCGAAUGGAGCUCCGCGUUGAUAAGUGACAAUUUAAUUUUAACAAUUGUUUUGCGUGUGAUUGGUAGAUUUGAAUGUUGAAAGUCGUCUACUAAAGUGUUACCUAUUUUUUUAAUGAAUAAAACGAUUAUUUUAUGUGCAAUUUAAACAAUCAAACUUUUUUCAUAUUGUACAGCCUUGAGGAGAAUAUUUUGUCAAAUUGAAUUCGUAAGAAUGUAUUCGGUACAGGAUUACAUGUUUUUACGGGCCACCACGCAAAAAUUACACUAUAUCUCGGGGAUUUUUUUAUUUAAAUUGGUGAAAUCGAUGUUGGUUCAUUGUGGCUUUUGGGAUUUUGUGUAGUGGCAAAACUGAGCUCAAUUUGGGAUUAUAGAACUUGAAGAGAAAAUAUUGUGAUUCGAGAUUAGAAUAUAACACUUCGAUGUGCUCACUGUUUUUCUUCUGAAGAAUAUUAUCUGAAAUAUAAUGAAUACUAUGAAUUUUUAUAGUUCCUUUUCAUUCUUAUAUUUUAGGUAACAAAUUACACUUGUCAGAAAAUAUUUUUCAUUUAAAAGUCAUAAAAUUUAGUCGUCUAUUUAGAAAUAUAGUUUUUAGAGCACACCGCAUAGGUUGUAUAGAAAAAUUUUCAUACAUAAGGCUGUACAUGAAUUGUAUGAUGGAGUUAAUAUUCUUCCACUUCUAAUAUAACUUAUUGACUUGAAUUUUUACAAAUAUAUGCAAGAUAUCACUUUUUAAAGGUUGUUCUGAUUUCCAAAAAUGGCUUUAUUUAAUUAAGGGUUGAGAAAGCACAAGAUGACUCAGAUAUGGACUUUCUCAAGAAAUCGUAUUCGAUGCUCCCAGCGUUAUCUUUGAUUCUUAAUUCGUUUGUAUUACAAUUUGUUUUUUUUUUAAUUCGAAUUGUAUGGAAUAGGUGAAAAUGAAUAAAAUUUUUUAACGAAUAAAG